AGAUCUCAGCUCAAGAGUUCUGCCGAGCCGCGCCGUCGCCAUGGCCCCUCCGCUUGUGUCGCCGCAGUUGGACGAGGGGCGGGUGGCAGAUCUCGAGGAGAAGUCGCUGAUGAAGAUGCUGAGCUCUAUGGUCGAAUCGGUUGAGCCCCCACACUUCCGUCCGUCGGUUGCUAGUACUGACUUGCAUCCCUGUGCCCGUGCCUUGGAGGAUGCUUCUGAUUUGGACGGAUUUCUGUUCCAGUCGAUUUUCGACCGGGAUGGUUCUGGGCUCACUGCGCUGCACGUGCUGGCUGGAGCCUCCCAUUUGGACAGCUUGAGGCAGGUCUUGGAUGCCGGGGCGGACCCUGACCUGGUGGGAGGCAUUGACCUGCAAAGGCCUCUGCACAUUGCAGUGAAGAGUGGCAGCCUGUGUUCGGUGCAAUGCCUGCUGGAAGCCGGUGCCAAUGCGAAUGCGCUGGAUGCUUUUGGCAAAAGCCCCCUGUACUACGCGCUGAACCUGGACCAGGUCGGGCCUGGCUUGGAUCGCGUUGCAUCCAUCCGCCACCUCUUGCGGAAGUAUGGCGCAGUGGAACCGUGAAUCGCGUGAAGCUGACCCGAGCUCUCGCUCGGCUCGUUGUUCGAGCAAAAAGUCCAUGUCGCCAGGCCUUUGCAAGGCAUAAAUGGGAAAU